AUGAAGGAAGUACGAGCUCGUGACAACAAUGAGGAGCUAUUUCGCUACAAUCGAAAUAGUUGGAGUCAUACCCAAACACAGGCUGUUUGGAAGCUAAGAAAUUUAAAGAUUGUUCUGGCAUUUGAAAAGAUUGCAUAUACAUUAGAUAAGGCACCUCCAAAAGAGGCUCCUGUUAAUGCCACCACUGAUGAGUUGGAAAAGCUUGAAAAAUGGUCGGACCAUAAUCUUCAAGCAAGAUGUUAUAUGCUGGCUUCAAUGUCAAAUGAACUGCAAAGGUGGUUUGAGGAGACUAUGGAUGCUAAAGAUAUUCACAUACACCUACAAGAGUUGUAUGGUGCACAGACUCGUUCAGUCAAGCACGUGACUGUCAAGGAGCUCAUGACGGCUCGUAUACGAGAUGGGGCUUCGGUUCAUGAGCAUGGAGUUAAGAUGAUUGGGCUUAUUGAAAAGUUAUUGAGCCUUGACUUGGUUAUUCCACACAAGCUAUCGACGGACAUCUUAUUGUUGUCUCUCCCCUCCUCAUUUGACAAUUUUGUGGUUAACUUCAAUAUGAAUAAGCUAGAGGCUACCCUUGAAGAGCUAGUCAAUAUGCUUGCAAAUUAUGAAGCAACCAUGAAAAAGGAAAAAUCUGUUUUCCAUGUGGGUUCAUCUUCUAGAUCCAAGAAAGAAUCCCAUAAAAAGGGAAAGAAACGUUCUGCCCCUAUGAAGAAGAUUAAGCUUAAUAAGAAGCUAAGGCCCACAAAGCUUAAUCAGUCAGAACAUGUUUGUUUCCACUACAAUAAGCCUAGACAUUGGAGGCACAAUUGUAAGGAGUAUCUUGCUCAGAAGCGUUCUGACAAAGAUGAUGACAAGAAGUAA